AAAAGGCUUUUUAAGAAUCUAUAAAAGGACUCAAAAACCCUUUAAAGAAGAAAAAAAAAUUCGACAAAGAACAGAAUCCCGUACUCGAGAAUUUGAUUCAGAGAAAUCUCAAUGGCGACGGAUAACUCAGUGAUGGCGGUGAUUCGGGCUUCGCGCCCUAAUUUCAGAAACCCUAGCGACAGGAUGGCAUUCGCUGUGCACGCUUCGUUCUUGGCCGCUGGCUACUCACUCAUCUCCACGGGACCCAGCGCUUUCUCUGAGAAUCCCCCAACUGAAGGAGAUGAAGUGGGAAUUGAAGGCUGGAACGAAUUUGAAGACAGCUAUGCCUUCGUAUACUUGAAAUCUGACAAGGGUCAGAAGAUACCCAUUUUGGUUAAAUGUUUGGCUAUUGGAGAUGCUCUUGUUGUUGACGUGUUGAAUCUGCGAGAAGAUAAGAAGGAGCCAUUUCAUGUACAAAUCAAUAUGAAUGAACACUUGGUAGAAGGAGACAAUAAGGUUAACUAUGGGGAGAUGUAUAAAAAUUUGCCGCGACUUGUUGAGAACUUAAAUGCGAAUAUUUUGAACAAAGUGGAGUCGAAGACUGAGAGUUCUUCAGCUGGGAGUAGUGGCAAUGGAUCUGGCGAUAACACUAGACGUGAACCUGUUCACAUGUUUCCUGUUGAGCGUCAACAGCCUCCUCCGGUCCUUAGAUAUCCACCUGUUCCGGCAUCUGGUGGCAGUGAUCUUUUCCCCGGUCCGGGUGCCGGUGUAUUUCCGGAUAGGGGCACUGGUUCUGGUGGAAGCAUGCUUGUAGGACCAAAUGAUCCCAGAUUUUUCUCUCCUGGUGGAGGCCCUGGGUUUGACUUUCCUGGCAGUGAUCUGCUCCCACCUGGUGCUCGUUAUGACCCGAUUGGUCCUCCUAAUGUGCCUGGUUUUCACCCGGAGCGCUUUGUCAGGAACCCUCCACAGGGUCCAGGUCGUGGUGGCGGUGUUCAUCCUGAUCUUCAACACUUCCCAGGGUCUGAUGAUUUCAUAUAAAUCAAAUGCGGAACAAAUGUAUAUGAAAUAUGCCUUUCUUUUCUUCUGUGGCCUGUUAUAUUUACUCUCUGGUACUCGAGUUGGUAGCAUUUUACAAUUUACUAUCUUGUAAAGAAAUGAUGAGUUUGGCACUAGUUCUUUCGCUUCAUAGAUUUUUAUAUGCGACACAGUAAUUGUGAGCCCGUCGUGAAAAUGAUGUGCAUAUAUGUUCGUACUGGUGUUUUGCAUUUAAAAGUUUGCUGGGUGUGA